AGAGUUUCACCACUCUUCAAAAGAGCACAAAUAUAUUUAUUUCUAGAUUGUCUACAUCAUAACGUAUGAAGAAAUUUUUGACUCCUAUUACCCUGAUUCUUUCUGUUGUGAAGGUACAACUUGUAGCCUACAGAAGAUUUUCCGAGCAAAAUUUUUGUCCUUCCCAGGUGUGAAGAUCAGUUGCUUACUCCUAGCUUGUGUGGGAGCUAGAGAUCUAGAUGUAUGUUUAUACAUUUAUUCAACAAGCCUGUACUGAAUUCUAAGUACUGCACUAGGCAUUGAAGUUAUGAAGGCCCAUAUAGGAUUCAUUUAUAUAACACUGAAGGAAGCCUGAAUGCUGGUUGUAACUUAAUUUUUUGGAAAAAUACAUAUUGUUUAAAGAAUGAAGUCACCUGAUCACUGUUAUCUGUUAGGAUGACCUUUCUCUCCUCCGCACUACUCCAUUUGUGGAAUGUAUAUUUUAAAGUUACCUAUAAUAUUGAAAUCCCUUAAAUGAUAAUUCUACCCAUGAUAAAUUAAGAAACUUAUUUCUAGUUAAGAAACUACUAGUAUGAUAAUGCUCCUCUGGACACAGUUUACUUAGAGUGUAUUCUAAUUGAGUUUUCCUUGUUAAGUAGCCAACAGAGAUUCACCUUUAUAUGCUAGGCUCAUAAUGCUUUUGUAUUCAUGUGGAUGUUUUGAGUUGACUAACCUACAAAAGCCAAAAGAAAGGAAAGAGACAAUAUGAUAUCUUCAACUUAACCCAAAUUUUUAUAUUCUUAAGUUUAUAUUUUGGCCAGUGGAAUAAUUUUAUAUUAAUUUCAAUGUAUCAUAUAUGUUAUCUUAGUAUAUAGGGCAAUAUGAUUUUGUUGGUAGUAUAUGCUGACAAUGUUUAUGGUUUGAAGUACCAGUGUAUGUUGGAGAAAAUACUGUUAUAUACUACUAAAAUAAAAAAUGACUUGUGAAGGAAAAUGUUAAUGUUGUAAUAAACAUAUUAUUUUAAUUACUUCUUUGCUAACUUAGCUUCGAGUCUUGCUUUUCUUACAUUUAUUUUAGCUAGCAUUUGCGAAAUUAUGCUGUGAUUGUCAGUGUUCAGCCCAGUGCCGGUGGGUAAGAGUUUUGAUUCUUGACUGUAGAAUUUACCUAAGUGUAAUUAGUCUUCUUCGUCUACUUAGAGGAGUAAAGGAUGUUCUAAAGAAGAGACUGAAAAACUAUUAUAAGAAGCAGAAGCUGAUGCUGAAAGAGAGCAAUUGUGCUGACAGUUAUUAUGACUACAUUUGUAUUAUUGACUUUGAAGCCACUUGUGAAGAAGGAAACCCACCUGAGUUUGUACAUGAAAUAAUUGAAUUUCCUGUUGUUUUACUGAAUACGCAUACUUUAGAAAUAGAAGACACGUUUCAGCAGUAUGUAAGACCAGAGAUUAACACACAGCUGUCUGAUUUCUGCAUCAGUCUUACUGGAAUUACUCAGGAUCAGGUAGACAGAGCUGAUACCUUCCCUCAGGUACUAAAAAAAGUAAUUGACUGGAUGAAAUUGAAGGAAUUAGGAACAAAGUAUAAAUACUCAAUUUUAACAGAUGGUUCCUGGGAUAUGAGUAAGUUCUUGAACAUUCAGUGCCAACUCAGCAGGCUCAAAUACCCUCCUUUUGCUAAAAAGUGGAUCAAUAUUCGGAAGUCAUAUGGAAAUUUUUACAAGGUUCCUAGAAGCCAAACCAAACUGACAAUAAUGCUUGAAAAAUUAGGAAUGGAUUAUGAUGGGCGGCCUCACUGUGGUCUUGAUGACUCUAAGAAUAUCGCCCGAAUAGCAGUUCGAAUGCUUCAGGAUGGGUGUGAACUCCGAAUCAACGAGAAAAUGCAUGCAGGACAGCUAAUGAGUGUGUCCUCUUCCUUACCAAUAGAGGGCACUCCACCGCCACAAAUGCCACAUUUUAGAAAGUAACAACAGUUUUGUGUGUGGAUCAUUCCAGUUGAAGUUGCUAUGAAGAGGUAGCAGAUGAAUCUCAUUGAAUUAGUCCUGUAGUGCAAACUUUAAGCACCUUAAAACAUUUAAAAUCUUAUUACAGGUGAUAGAGAUAGAUACAUGUAUGUGAACAGAUUUUGUAGGAAGGCAUACUGAAUUCUUUGUCACCAGCACUUUUGAUAUGAGCAGUAUUCGUUAUACAGUAACAGUUCCUGCUUAGAACUGAAUUUUAUAAUUUAAGGUGUUCAAGAUAUAUUCUUUUUGGUUUUAAAAUGCAAAAUCUUAUUGGCUGUUCUCUUGAAUGUCGUAUCUUACUGGUGUUUAAAUAUGUAAUGUAUUUCUUUAUUAACAUCACUAGAUGAAACCAUAUCUUAAAAUGCAGAAAUGAUUGGAAGGUAGGUCUUAUCUAGCCUUUGGAUUUCAAGAAUAUCAUAGUCCUUUUGAUUUUCAAAGUUUAUAUGUGAAGUUCACCAUGUAUGUGGUGAAUUUUAUAAGGUACUUGGUAUACAUAUUUGCCUAUGUUUCUUUUCAACUCAUAAUUGGAAGAAUUGUGUUGGGUUAUAGAGUUUGGUUAAAAAUUCAGUUACUCAAGGAAUUAAUGACAACUCAGAAGAAAAUACUAAAAGGAAUAUUGUAAGGGCUGUAGCUCAGACUUAAUAGUACAUAAAUCACUGCGGUCUUUUUGGAUUUGGUUGUUUGAUUCGCCUUCCUUUUUUGACAUAUAUAUGCCUUAAUUCUUAAAUCUGAGGGACCAUGCUUUGAAAUAGACUGAAAAUUAAGGGUCACCACCUGAUUUUACUUUGUAUUCAGUAUCGUAAGUGAGGUUAAUAAAGUCAAUACUUUCUACCAUAUAUUAUGUUUUUGUUAUUAAAAAACUUCAUUGGCCACCAAUGAAGUCAGUCAAUAAAAGACUUGUUUUUCUGAUUUUACAUAGGAAAUGGCUGCUAAAUAUUGUGUAAUUCUUAACUAAUUCUAAAAGCUAAAAGUGCAUUUUGACUUAAUAAGGUAAAACUCUUAUCUAGAGGCUAAACCCAUGUAUUUUCAGAACUGAAUUUUUCUCCUUGUAGCUUUCAGGGAACAAUUUCAUUGACAUUGCUUGCUUCCUGCCUUUUACUUUUUAAUAGAAAUUGUGAUGUUAGUUUAUUCUAAAGCUUUAUAUUUUAUAACCAAAUGAAUUUCCUCAAAGGUUUCCAAACCUGAUAUAUAGGGUGAAAAGCAGGAAAGUAAACAUUUUUCUUGGCGUGGGAAUUCUCUACAUAGGGCAGUAGAUUUCUUAAGCCAAUAAAUUUCUGCUUUUGAGCAGUAGUCAUAUAAUCAGUGUCAUAAAGAAAAAUGUGUAAAUAACAGAAGGCAUAUGAGUGUGUGGUGUUCUAGAUGUUACAGAUUAUAGUAAAAUAAGGAAAUCUAAGUGCUUUAAGUUUAUACAGUUAACUCUUAGGUUAAGAGGGAUGUAUGCUGAGAUGUUUGUGAAUCCCAGAUAGCACUGUAAGAUAACCUGUAAAAUAUUACUGAAUACUGAAUAGCUGAAACUGCAAUUGGAAAAUCUCAUGAUGACAAGGAAGUACUACGUUUCCAGUUUUUUUUAGCUCUAUCUGCUAAUUUCUUUGCCUAUUUUCACUUUUGCCAAGUACCAGCAAGCUCAUGUUGUAUUUCUUUUUAAGAACUUCAACAUUAUAAGCUCUCAGUACCCUAUUUUGUUGUUGUUGUUGUUGUUUGAGACAGAAUUUUUGCUUGUCUGCCAGGAUGGAGUGCAGUGGUGCAAUCUUGGCUCACUUCAACCUCCGCCUCCUAGGCUCAGGUGAUCCUCUUGCCUCAGCCUCUGAGUAGCUCGGAUUACAGGCGUAUGCCACCACACCCGCCUCAUUUUUGUAUUUUUAGUAGAGGUGGGGUUUCACCAUUUGGUCAGGCUGGUCUCGAACUCCUGACCUCAAGUGAUUUGCCCACCUCGACCUCCUACAGACGUGAGCCACUGCGCUCAGCCAUAGAUUUUACUGUCUUAACCCAUUUUAAUUCUUCUGUUGAGUCUCUGUCCUCCCCUCCAAUCUGAUUUGGGAUUUUGCUGAUGAAAUGAUACUAAACAUUGAGAGUACUGCUUUUUACUCUGACUUUUAUUGUGUUGUCUUUGAAAGACAAAUAGUGCAACUUUUUACAAGGAAACACAUAAGAGAUGGAUGUCCACGAAAACAAUAUUAGUAUAUUCUGUUAUUGUUUCUUCUUAUUAAUAGUAUUUACAAACUAUUAAUUACUAGCUAUGUUAAUUUUUAUUCUAUGCUUCAUAUGCUCUGACAUUGACAUAGUGGAUUUCUGCUGAUUUUUUUCAAAUCCACAAUCUUUAUAACCAACUGAAGUGUAUAAUAGAGCAUUAUAUUUUAUAUUUAUUUGGUUCUUUUGGAUCAAGUAUUUAACAUUUGCUCUGAAAAAAAAUGUUUUUGUGAUGUGUCUUUGUUGCCUUGAGAUCUGUUUAUCCUGCCUCCUAGGGAGAAGUUUCUGCCUGGAUUGAAACAAGAAAAUACAGGAGUCACAAGCAUGUUACCUAUUAAAAGAGAAAGGGUAUCUCUGAAAACUAAUUAAAAUGCUAAUUUUUUAAAAGAUAUGACCAGUUAAUUUUUAGUAUAUCACCCCAAGUAUUAUCCCCAAAAUGAUCAUGCAAAGCAGAAUAAUUUGGAGACCAGGAGAAAAACUCGUAGUAGGAUUACUGGGGAGGGGAAGAAGCACAGGUGGUCAAGAUAAUAAUGCAUGUUUGGCCUCAGCUGUAGGUAGAGGUGCCGAAGAAACUACCUGCCUCACAGAUGAGCACGCACGGGUGCAUUGUCAAAGUCUGAGAAGGAUGUAUUUUACUUUGAAGGAAGACUUUCCAUUUCUAAGCUACCAUGGAGAAGUAUAAGCUCCUUGAGGCCAGAGACUGACUUCUGCAUCUUUGAUUCCAGCGACAUAUGAUAAAAUGUUUUGCACAUAGUUGAAUCCAGCAUUGAUAAAUGAAGGACAGCAUUACAUCUUUUUUCUAUUAUACUUAGAAAUUUCCUCUUUCUUCUGCACCACCACCCUGUAUAUCAAGCUUCCCUGCCCCACAAAGCUUCCAAAGCCCAUAAAUUUGUUAAUCUAGAGCCGGGGUCAGCAAACUGCCACCCAUGGGCCAAAUCUGGCCUGCUGUCUAGUUUUGUAUGGCCUACAAACUAACUAUGGUUUUUAUAUUUGUUGAUGGCUCAAAAUAAUAUUUUGUAUGAUGUGAAAAUUACGCGAAAUUUUAGUUUCUCUAAAUAAAGUUUUGGAAAGAUC